ACAGCAAACAAUAGUAAACCAAAGGAGAUCUGCUUUUCUCACGUCUAUUGCCCACAGAAUAUCCCCGCGCAAUUGAUCUUCUACUUUCGACGACAAAAACGUAGAAUUGGGUUCGAAGUCACACCUGCCAUCUCUUGUGCCUCAUCUCUGUCAUCUGCUCCGGCGUCAUGACCACUACAAUCCCCUCUUCCAACUCUGAUACUUCCCCAUAUACUUCCAUCACUAUCCCCGCCACCAAGGCACCAAAACACGAAGACCUCGUCGAAGCCGUUCUCGAUUCGGUCGACAACAUCACAACCGACUUCAUUGACAACUCUUCGCUAACUUCUACAGAUGUGAAGAAUGAUCCUAUACUAUCGUCAAUUGCUCAGAAACAAGUGCAGGAGACUGUCAAAAAUAUACCAAAGGGAGGGUUCACGGCAAAGCCAGCUCCCAACAGCACUUACAAAGGGAAUGCUGGUCCUAGAAUGACCAAGACUGCGGCCUUGAGGCUGGGUUUGAAAUGGGAGGAUGUGAAACCUAAGAGGGAAAUAACAGAGAAAUCGGAGGAAGGCAAGGGGACACCAGGGCAUAAGAGAACAGGCCUGGAUAUUAAAGUACCUUCCUUGGCCGCUCCUUCAGUUACCCCUCGAUCGACAAGGACGUCUCAGCUCAGGACUGGGGUGCAAUUAACACCGCAGAGUAUUAAAAAAGACCCUCAGACGAUGGCCGUGGCCAAUAAAUCCCGCGAAAUGGAAGAGAGAGAGCGUAGAAGAAAAAGCAUUGCUCGGCCCACCAGCCUCGCCCCUCCGUCCAUCACACCACGACAAAACAAGUCCUCCAUGCUCCGUACGGGUAUCAAAUCUCCGCAAUCAGUCUCAAGUGUUUCUUCCACGACACAAUCGAUGUCUCUUGCUGGACAUAGCGAGGAAGUAAACGGGAAGGGAGGCGAUAAAGGGGUUAAGUCCAAGCUUCCUCGAAAAUCCGAAAUGAUGCCACUUAAAAGUUUGGGCACACCUAGUAUUACACCAAGGUUGAAUAAAGCAGCCCUGCUCCGAGCUCCUCAUUCAUCCCACUCCUCAAUCUCAUAUUCGCCAUCGCCAUCACCUUUCAAAACCAGAGGGCAUAGCCCCAUUAGUUCCACGUCGUCCAAUCCAAGAUCUUCUUUUGCAGCCUCAGGCGUAACCAACAGAACAUCUACCCGGUCAGCCACAAGCAAAGAGGUGCCAGCUUCGCCUGGUGUUGGACCAGCAGCUACCAAAUCGAGUCUGCUGAGAGCAGCACAAGGAGCCAAAGUACCUAAAGUUGUAUCAUCCGGAGUUUGAAUUGUGGCUUUUUACUCUUGAUUCCUUUACUUUUGAAUCGAAUUGUUUUCGUUUGUAUGGUGUUAAUAAGCUUUUUUGCAUGUCUUGUGACGUAGCAAUCCCAUGAAAAAAGAUG